AUGACCAAUUUCACCUCAACCCAUCAAUGCCUGCGCACGUUUGUCCCCCCGCGUGCACACUUGCUGCCACUCUCGCACGAAGUCGCAACCAAGGCGCACAUCUGUCGAUACGUGAUGCAAUAUCACAGGGCGAGUGAAAUUGGCAUCCGACAAACUUAUGCCGACGAUGGUGCUGUGAAGGGGUCGACCGUCGGCGAUAGACUAGGCGGAGUUUGUUCCCUCUCCUGCGUCCCCCAUUGCCACGAGCGUAUCUGUGGUCUUGUGGAAGGGAUGCAGCUUCAAUACCCAGGGUUCGCACAUCUUGAAGAAGCGGUGGAGGGGGAUGGCGCGCUGUACGAUCGGCUCCGGAACGCUCUCAAUCUCACGCGGCCCCCAGGCUCGUUGGCCUCUCCGCCCUUGGAGGAAUGGCAAGGGAUAUCAGCGUUUUGCGACAUUGUCCCGUGCAGGUUCGUUCAGCUUGCCGCAGCAGUGGUCGAUCGAAGCGCUUUUCGCUGGACGAAAGUAGGCUUAUCGCUUACGGCGCCCUUGAAAGACAUCAAGGCGCUCAGACCGGAAAUCUUACAGAGCAUUGGCAGUGUGAGGGAAAACCAAAUCUCUUCGACUCCACCGAGUGCGUUGCGCACCCCUUCGGCAAUCGACACGUUCUUGGCAGUUGUGGGAGAGGCUCCACAAGGUGAUGGAGCCAUGGACACCCUGUCUCGGGAAGACGUCUUGCUGGCAAAAGCUUCUGCAUCCUCGUUGCUCGUGAAGUCUCGAGUUGAAGCGGUCGGUGACGCUGCUGAGGACCGUACCUGCGGCGAUAAAGGCGUAUGGCCGGCUGAAGCUGCAGAGUUGCUACACUCGCCGCUUCAGCCCUCGCACGCGCUCGAUGAAGACGCACAGGACCACGUCAUUGCGGCGGAAGACUGGUUCGCCGUAAAACACGCUAUGCUGGCGUCCAGUGACAAGCACAACGGGACCUGCAAGGACAUGGGCUGGGAGAAGGAGGGGGAUCCGAUGGGAGCAAAAGACGCAAAGGAGACGAUAGGCAACAUCAAGUCCUUCUCGCUCGAAGGUUCUUGUGGGGAAGAAUGCUUCGACAAGAGGCGACAAGAGGUGCGGACUUGCCACGCGGGCCCUAGACACAUCAUCAAUGACGCGAUGAAAACCUUCAUCUCCUACUUCGACGUAGUACUCAAAUAUCUCUCGCUGUGUCUGUAGAGACUCGAAUGCAUAGCCUACAGAUAGCCCCCGUGCUUAAGAGCUUGGCAACUUGGUCGAGAAAUUGAAAUAGCCUCGCAAAACUCAAAAUCUAAGGACUGGAGGACCAUUUGUGACAUGGUCAAGAAGAACUUUUACAUUUUAUAGCCGGCGAGGCGAACUAACGACCGCAGCCGCCGGAACUGGCGGCGCUCUCUGUAGUCAGCUACCUCUUCGCACAUGAACAUCCUCAGUUAGUUUCAGACCGCACCCGUUCAACAUAUGGUCUGAAUCGUGUUUGAUGUGUCGAGUUUCUUUACAGCGAGGGAGUGUUGAGUGUUGAUGAAAACCUGCUGCUAGAUGCCGGAAUUUUUUUUGUCUUACUUCAUUCUGUUUCGUCGCACGCGUCUUGUUCACGCGGUGGCUUUGCUCCCGAUAGUACCUGAGGCCAUGCCACCCGUUUAUGCAUUGUGCAUGUCUUCGUGAGUAGGUCGCCCAUUUUCAGCAUCACUUGAUGUCACGGGAUGUUCAUUCGACGCCGUUCAGCAUUGAACGAAAAGACGGUGCCACUUCAUCAACGCGUGCAGGGUUCAGCAAGGACGAAAAUUUCCGCAGCAUAGUCACGAUCUGUGUCGUAUCUUAUGGAACAUCGCUUUCUUUCCUGUCAAUUAUUACGUAGUAUUAGGCUAGCACUAAUUUUCGCGGCGGGAUCAACUUCCCUGCUUGCAAGUCUCGUUUUCUAACUCAUUCACCCGUUUUCCCAUCAAUGUCCUUUCCAAGGGUCAAGCUUUCAAGGGCUAGGCUGGAGGUUGACAUGGAGUGGAUAAUGACACGGCUGAAAUAAUAUUUCCAAGUAGUAGUGGAGAACCGGGCUCCGCAGCAUUCCGCCAGAAGCCAGAAACGACAGCCUUCCUAGGGAGGUUGUGGGAUCUCAAACGGCUUGGGAGCGCAUGGCGUACCCGAUAGCCUAAGCUCAUAGCAGUACGGGGGAAGUGCCGUGCUAUCGGAAGAGCACACGGACAGGAGUUUCAUUUGAGGUACACGCUUUUUUCUGGGUGCGACUUCAGCACUGGUUCUCCAGGAGACAUUUUCCAUGACUCUCUUUUUUAUGGGUGUUUGCCCCGCUUCUUCGACAUCAUGCAUACCUCAACGCGUUUGGAUGAGCCCCUGGUUUCGUUGAUUAAGGCUUUGUGGUAUUAUUAAGGGAAAUGCGGUCACGAGUCUUCUCAGCACAAGUAAGUGUAGUUGUGGAGGGACUGGCCGGGAUUGGACAGUCAACAUACUCUCGAGUAAAUCAACAAAUGGUACUGGAAGUAUGACUUAUGGUCAUUUGCGGGUGGGUGUGUUUGCACACCCCCGGAGUGCCCCCCCCCUCCCCAUUCUAGACUUAAGUGGGUUGGCGCUGUUUUCAAAGCGCUGUAAAACACGCCACCCCAAAUAUAGCCCCCAUAGUACGCGCUUCUACCAAAGACGCGUGGCGCAUGGGUGAGUGGAGUGAGAAUAGCUUACAGAAACCUCACAGGUUGAGUGAUGUAGAAGAUUGCCGGACACAUAGACGUGUUGAGUGAUUGUAGCUGUAUACUGAAACCCGAAGGGUUGAGUGAGGUUUGAGAUUGCCAGACACAUGAACGAGUUGGGUGGGGAUUACUGCAUACUGAAACCCCGCGGGUUGGGUGAUGUUGGAGUGCCGGACACAUAGACGCGUUGAGUGAGGAUAGACACAUACUGAACCUCGCACGUGAUUUGUGAUGGAGAUUACCGGACACAUAGACGUGUUGAGUGAGGAUGGCUGCAUACUGAAACCUCACAGAUGCAUUGUUUGCCAGACACAUAGACGCGCUGCGUGGGGAUAGCUACAUACUGAAACCUCACGAGUUGAGUGAUGUUGGAUAGUGCCGGACACAUAGACGCUUUGAGUGAGGAAAGACACACACUGAAACCUCAGGCGAUUUGCAUUGGAGGUUGCCGGACACCUAGACGUGUUGAGUGAGGAUAGCUGCAUACUGAACCCUCACAGAUGGAUUUGUAUUUGAGUUUGCCAGACACAUAGACUCGUUGAGUAGGGAUAGCUGCAUACUGAAAUCUCACAGAUGGAUUGGUUUUUGAGUUUGCCAGACACAUAGACGCGUUGAGUGGGGAUAGCUACAUACUGAAACCUCACGAGUUGAGUGAUGUUGGAUAGUGCCGGACACAUACACGCUUUGAGUGAGGAUAGCCGCAUAUUGGGACCUAACGGGUUGGGUGACGUUUGCGACUGCCGGACACAUGGACGCAUUGAGUGAAGAAAGUUGAAUACUGAAACCUCACAGGUUGAUUUGUAUUGGAGAUUGCCGGACACAUAGACGCGCUGAGUAAGGAUAGCUGUAUACUGAAAAUCCACAGCAGCUACAGUGAGGGGACAAUUCGAGGAUGCAGUACACACAGACCCGACCCCCA